GGAAGCCUGCGAAGAUGAACCCUUUAACUAAGGUGAAGCUGACCAACGAGCUGAAUGAGCGGGAGGUCCAGCUUGGGGUAGCGGAAAAGGUGUCGUGGCACUCUGAGUACAAGGACAGCGCCUGGAUCUUUUUGGGAGGGCUUCCUUAUGAACUGACGGAAGGAGACGUCAUUUGUGUAUUCUCACAAUAUGGGGAGGUUGUUAACAUUAAUCUCGUGUGGGACAAGAAGACUGGAAAAUCCAAAGGUUUCUGCUUCCUCUGCUAUGAAGACCAGAGGAGCACGUUUCUGGCUGUUGACAAUUUUAAUGGAAUCAAGAUCAAAGGAAGAACUAUCCAAGUAGAUCAUGUGGCUAAUUAUCAGGAUGCACAUUAUCAGAGAAUUGAAAUCAAUGCUCUUAGCAAUUCUUGCAUGCUGGCAGAUGAUGACAAUAACAAGGUGAAACAUGAGAUGGGUAUGAUUUUAGAGUAUUUUCAAAGAAGCGAUUCUCUGGAAUCUUCUGGACAUUCAAAUGAGCUCGAUUUAUUAGUGAUGAUAAUCAAAUAUGAAUUUUAUAUCCCCAUAGAAAGUACUUCCAGGUUUGAUGAUGCCUUUGGACUGCUGGAAUUAUGUCUCCACUGA